ACCACAGGCUUGGCUUGAGGAUAGCCGCAAUGUUCGCAUAUCACUCUCAGUGCCACGAUCCCCGGACACCAAGCCCUUUUUACACUUGGACUGGUAACACGGCGGGGCAAUCUGCAGCCCAAGUUCCAAAAGCGAAACUUGGCAAGACUAAACCAUACCAUACCAUACCAUACAUAAACACAACUCUAUACUGUACGAUAUGGAACGGCCGGCAAUGCGCCAGACGCCGCUGUCCGCCUCCAAACUAGGCAUGGAUCGGCGGUGGUGGCUCCUCACCGUCCCCGCCCUGUGGAUCGUCGCCCACAAUGCCCAGUACAUCUUUGGCAUCCCGUACAUGGGCGACCCGGAGGUGAUGUGGGCGACCCGGCGGAGGCUCUUCGGCAAGCUCCACAUCCUCGGCAGCGGCUUCGCCAUGUUCUGCGGCCCCUUGCAGUUUCUCGGCGGCCUCCGGCGUCACUACCCGGCCGCGCACCGCUGGAUCGGCCGCGUCUACAACCUCGGCAUCGCGGUCGGGGGCGCCAACGCCUUCAAGAUGGCCUUCGCCGCCUCCUGCCACCCCCUCGGCCAGAUCGGCUUCGCCGUCCUGGCCGGCAUCUGGCUGGCCACGUGCGCACUCGGCCUCCUCGCGGUCCUCCAGGGCGACGUCGAGGCCCACAAGCACUGGAUGAUACGCAACUACGCCGCGACUUAUGCCGCCGUUACGCUGCGCGUCCAGAUGCCCGUGCUCAUGGCCUCGGGCAUGCUUCCGUACCACGCCGCUGCCGUUGCCGGUUGGACGAGUUGGAUCCCAAACCUCGUCGCGGCUGAGUGGUGGAUAACGAAUAGGUCCCUUGCGAGGAAGAAGCUCAAAUCGAAGUAAAAAUGUCUUGUAUUGUAUAGCCCUUCCACGGGUCUUCAAACUGCUUCUAAAAGAGUUCUAAAAGAGCAAGGACCGUUCUUUCGGGGACAUCUGGGACGAAAACAGUACUUCGGUGCCUAUGGCCGAUAUCUAAAUCAAAGGCCAAACAUUCACCCUCGUUCAACUUCGCUCGCCCUUAAAGCAGCAUCGCUAAGACUUUUAGGCAUGUUGGUAAUGAGAACGCCCCAAGACAUCGC